AUGGAAUAUGAAAGGCGGGAAGAAAACAAAAGCAAACCGGUAAGUCAUUUUGAUAUCACACUCCAUGCUGAUAAAAUUAAAUCACAUUUUGUCAUCUGCCUACCACCUUCAAGUUAUCUCAUUUUCAAUGCUGUAAUUUGGAGAUUCCGUCAAUUGUCUGCAUGCAUUCCAGUAUCGCAUGAACAGUGGAAGAUGAUUCGCAACAACAACAUGGCAUUCAAUGUAAAACGCUCUACUUGA